AAGUCUUGCUCUGUCACCCAGGCUGGAGUGCAGAGUGCAGUGGCAUGAUCAUAGCUCACUGCAGCCUCGAACUCCUAGCCUCAAGUGAACCUCCCACAUUGGCCUCCAAAGUACUGAGAUUACAGGCAUGAGCCACCAUGCUCAGUCUGAUUUGACUUUUUAAAUAAUUGUACCCUGUAUUACUUUGAAAAUAAUUUUCUUAAUAAAAAGAAAAGAAGUGACAGAGCAACCUGGUGAGUGAUGUGGCAACCAUUCCCAGGUGAGAGUCUCUCAGGCCCCUGGUUGGAGGACAUGCCAGCUCUCAUUAUCAUUAUUGUUCCUGACAUGAGUGUGAAUGCAUUUCAAUAAAAUGUCAUGAGUGAGAGCCAUGCAUUCAAGCAAUGAACAUUCUCUGUUUCAGUCCCUAGCUACAGUUGCCCAGAUAAAUAAGCCUUGGUCCCUGCCCUCAAGGAGUUCACAGACCAGUGGGUGAUAAAAUUCCUCAUCCAGCUAGUGGAUGAUUGAUUGCUCCACAAGGUGAUAAGUGAAAGGGCAAGUGAUUGCAAAAAGAAAUUGCCUAGAAGUCAGAAGUCAUUCAAAUGGAGCCCUGGAAGCUAAGCAGGAAUUGGGCUGGGAAGAGAGUAAGAGGUCAGUGUCCCAGCACAGGGACAGAAAAUGCAAAAGUGCAAGGGGACCCAGGCCUGGUGCAGGUGAGACCUGCCUGUGGCCUGGAGCCAGGAGCUUAGGGUUUGUAGAGGGUGAAGAGAAGACAGAUGUCAGUUCAGUGGCCUGGUGUGCCAUGCUAAAGAGUUGUCUGGGCUCUGUCUUGAAGGUUAUGGGAAUCCCCUCAAGGCCUUUUCUAGAGGAGCAGCAUCAUCGAAGCCUGCUGUCAGCCUGGUGUGGAAAAUAGAACGGUAGCUGGGGUAGAGAGAUGAGCAAGGAGACAGACAAGCAUUCGGGGAAGAAACCAUGAGGGUCUGUACUGAGGUAGCGAAAGAGAGGCAGAGGAAGGCAGGUGAAUUUAAAGAUGUUACAGAAGCUGAAUAGACAGUCGGAGGCCUCGUUAGAUAUGGGAGGUGAGGGAGAGAAAUAAGGCAAGGAUGGUCCCCAGGUUCUUGUCUGGACACAGGCCGGGGCAGAGUCACGUAUCAUACAAGGAGAGGACUUCAGGAGGGUUGGAGAAAGGAGCUGAGAGAAACGUUGAAUGUGGAGGGGGAGGGAUCAGGCAAGCAGUUAUGGAUGGGAGAGUCCCCUGGACUGGGGAACAUGCGGGGCAGGGGGUCAGUCCAUGGGACAGGGGUGGCAUCUCACACUUGGGAAGUGUCUAGCGAGAGAAGAGGACCCUGAGUGAGCUCAGGAGGACACCCAGACAUGAGGCAUAGACAGAGGAGGAGGAGGCCUGGAGGAGGCUAAGGAGGGCCAGAAGAGGUGGGGUUAGGAAAGCAAGACCAACAGAGGGUCCCCUGCUGCUGGUGACCAGGUAAGCCGUGUGUAUCGGGGUGCCCUCAGCGUUCCAGGAUUACAAGUAGUUAGCAUAUCUGCCCCCCGGAAACAGCCUUUAGAACCCCCCGCCCCCGCUUAUAUUUGUGACAACCGAAAAUGCCCUCCCAUGUUUCCAAACACUCCUCAGGGCCAAUUAAAAGAUUAUUUGGUGACCUUGCUGAGAGCGGUUACCAAGGAGUCUGUGGUGAAAGCCAGGGAAGAAUAAAACCACAGCUCCUCUGUCCUGCCGUGGCCAUUCCCUCCUCAGGCCUCUUCCGGGGCUGCCCAAUCACUAUUUAUUUUUUGAGGUUUAAAUGUAUAUUAUUGAGUUCCUAGCACAUGUCAGGGACGCCACAGUGAACACGACAGUUAAGGUGAUGCAGAAGUUUUUGCCCCUUAGUUCAGCUAAAACGGGGUUCUUGUCACGUGACCAGGAAAGAUGAGGUCCGCAGACACAUUGAAAGGUGAGGGGAGCAGAAUUUAUUAAAAGAAAGCUCUCGGAGAAAAAAAUAAGUGGUCCUGCUAACAGGCUUCCACCUCACAGACUGAAUUCCAGGCCAGCACACUCGAGCUGGAGUCCAGGCUCCUCCCCCUGCCCAAGGCGCGAAAUCCUGAGGCUCCGCCCCCUGUUCCCCCAGUGCGCAUGUGCAUAUUAUUAAGAGAGAAGCUGUCGGGGAAGGGAGGGCAGACGGGGCUGUUCUCCCUCUGGGUUGCGGGUUUCAUACGGGAUCGGCAGUCGGGUCUUUCAGCUUUCAGACUGUUUUAGGCUUGAAUGGGGUGUUUUGCAAGGGACCCCUUGGCUGUCUCCUGUCUCUAUCAAAGGUCUCCCCUCUCGGAACUGCCAGGGAACAAACAAUUGAAGCCAGGUCCUGAUGUUUUUAGUUCAAAGAGUCUUGCGCUUCAAGCCCAGAAGAAGAUUCUGAGCAAAAUAGCCAGCAAAACUGUGGCCAACAUGUUGAUUGAUGACACCAGCAGCGAGAUCUUUGAUGAGCUCUACAAAGUCACCAAAGAGCACACACACAACAAGAAGGAAGCCCACAAGAUCAUGAAAGACUUAAUCAAGGUGGCGAUCAAAAUCGGGAUCCUCUACCGGAACAACCAGUUUAGCCAAGAGGAGCUUGUUAUUGUGGAGAAGUUCCGGAAGAAGCUGAACCAGACCGCCAUGACCAUCGUCAGCUUCUAUGAGGUGGAAUACACCUUCGAUAGGAACGUGCUCUCCAAUCUCCUGCAUGAGUGCAAGGACCUGGUGCAUGAACUGGUGCAGCGGCACCUGACGCCCAGGACCCACGGGCGCAUCAACCACGUCUUUAACCACUUUGCCGAUGUGGAGUUCCUCUCCACCCUCUAUAGUCUGGAUGGAGACUGUAGGCCCAACCUCAAGAGGAUUUGUGAAGGAAUCAAUAAGUUGCUAGAUGAGAAAGUCCUUUAAAUGCCUUCCCUCCUACUGGACUUUGCUGCUUUAAAGUUACAGCACUCAACCAUGAUCUGGGUGAGAAUCAAGAACAUAAGCAGAAACCCUUGUCAAAGAUGUCCAUGUUCUGUCCUGUUCAUCCUUCUGAUGCUGAUUCUGAUGCUGAACUGAGUGAGCUCAGAUGUGUUUUUCUUCCAAGCUUUCUAGCAAGGUUUCUACUUAAAAUCACCUGUGUGCAAGCCCAAAGGACAUUUCAUCUAUUCUAAGCAGAAAGGCUGUUUUGUUCAUUACAGUGAGUGCUGUUCAUCUCAUGGAGUGGGAGGAGCACUAAACCAGGAGACAGAGGACAUGGAUUUGGUUUCCAGCUUAACCAGUUAGGACUCUGUCCUCUGCAUUCUGGAACCAUGAUGCCUGCCUGCCUGCCUCACAGGGCUGUUGUGAGGACCAGAUGAGAUGAUGUAUGUUCAUACUUUUGGAAUCUCUAAUUUAAAGUCUUAAUAUUUUGUCUUCUGAGUGUGAGGGGAUAAACCUGGAUGUAGACUAUUAAGCAGCAUAGGAGAAAAGAACAAUAGAAUCUAAUGGACUGGGUUUGCAAUCUCUCUCUAAAUGCACUGCUUCAGACAAAGUGAAAUCCAAAGGUGUGAAAAAGUAUAGCUGCAAAUUGGAAAAAUGUGUUUCAAGAGUCGUCUUUUUGGCCAGGCAUGGUGGCUCACACCUGUAAUCCCAGCACUUUGGGAGGCCGAGGCGGGCAGAUUGCCUGAGGUCUGGAGUUCAAGAUCAGCCUGGCCAACAUGAUGAAACCCUAUCUCUACUAAAAUUACAAAAAUUAGCCAGGCGUGGUGGUACACGCCUGUAAUCCCAGCUACUCAGGAGGCUGAGGCAGGAGAAUUGUUUGAACCUGGGAGAUGGAGGCUGCAGUGAGCUGAGAUCAUGCCACUGUACUCCAGCCUGGGCAACAGAGCAAGACUCUGUCUCUAAAAAAUAAUAAUAAUAAUAAUUUUUAAAAAAAGAGGUGUUUUUGAGGUCUUAGAUGUUCAGGUUGAUGAUCCUGCAGAGGGAAACUUUCCAUGGGGGGGUGGGGAGAGAGAGUUUUCCAUCCACAAUACAGAAACAGAGAAGCACUGUGCUCCCUCUGCAGGACCAGCCUUCCCUUAUCUAAGGGGCAUAGAGCUCAGGGAGGCUUUAUUCCAUAUGCACGGGAGAAUCAGGCAGAAUGAACCCCUACCCAUCUUUCUUGGCUUUUCAGUCAUUUUGUGCUGUUUUCUCUGGUUCAUUAAUAAAUUGAAACUGCCCUCCAAACAA